CGAGACGAAAAGACAACAAGCACGGUAGAUCACAACAACUACUAAUACGUUGGCGUUCCCGCAGGCGUAGCUUGAACGACACUGUUGAAAAUAUGAUAAUACCAACGUCCUCUCAAACGGUUUGGAAACGCUUCCGUCCUGGSGUUCUUUGUCUUCGUUUUCCCCAAGCCGGCCAUUUUCGGGAGAAUAAAGCAAAAUCCGAUCCAUCCGUCUCGUCGACGCAAGGGAUCCUUUCAUUGGCACCGUCAUUGCCACUAUCACCGUUGAAACAAAUGCUCAUUUUCUCGAGGAACCAAAGGACUAACACUAUCGGCAACAACACCAGCGACAGUUCAACCGCCACAACCGCGCGCCGUUCCUACUUCACGAACGGGGAGGCCUCGAAAAAGGAAGACCCUUACGCUGUCCUCGGUUUGCAGUGGGGCGACGGCGCCACCACGGCCGAAAUACGGCAGGCCUUUCGAGAACGGGCCAAGGCCCUGCAUCCCGAUGUCGUGGAUACCUCCGUGAUGACCACCGAAGAGGCCCACGAAGAAUUCCAGAAACUGGUCAGGGCCUACGAGUCACUGCUGAAGCACGUGCGGGCGGGAGACCACUGCGGGGACACGGAGGAAUGGAGGGAGGCACUGUGGCGGCAAUCGGACCGCAUCGCCCUGGACCGGACCGACGUGGCCGGUGUGGCAAGGAAGCGGCCAGCAAAAUCGGCGCAGACCGAGGGUAGGUACGGACGGGAACUGGGCCAUCCGGGCGGGAAGGGGAUCGCCGUAGCGAGGGRGGAGUACCUGUCGGAAGGCGGUGAUGGGAACGGGAAAAAGUUGCGCAGCUCCAGCGUCGGUAGGGGACAAAGCAAGUGGGUAAAAAAGAAACCRAAAGCACAGUACAAGGAGUGGCAGCCCUCUCGGUAGCAUCACGAGGCGCAUGCGAAGAAAAUAAGGGAUUAUCCCACUGAUCUUGUAAUAAAAGCUGAAACGAGCA